UUAAAUUCAUUAUUAAUACAUUUAUAACUCCUAAUUCAAUUCUAUUAAACCUAAUUUAAAUUUUAAUCAUAUAAUAUAGUUUACGCGUAAAAAAUUUAUGCAUGGAAGAGACUAACUGUAUUAAUGCUCAGUCUCCGGUUCCAAUUAAGGAGGAUCCUCCGGUGAUCGAGGCGGCUCAUCGAGAAGUACUAGGCGGCGACGGAGACGGAUGUGGCGGUUGUUUAAGCGUAAAAGGUUUGUGCACGGAGGAGAAUAAUCAUAUUAAUAUUCAGUCUCCGGUUCCAAUUACGGAGGAUCCUCCGGUGAUCGAGGCGGCUCAUCGGGAAGUAAUAGGCGGCGACGGCGGUUGUUUAAGCGCAAAAGGUUUGUGCACGGAGGAGAAUAAUCAUAUUAAUAUUCAGUCUCCGGUUCCAAUUAAGGAUGAUCCUCCGCUGACCGAGGCGGCUCAUAGGGAAGUAAUAGGCGGCGAUGGCGGCGGUUUAUUAUGCGCAAAAGGUUUGUGCAGGGAAGAGAAUAAUGAUAUAAACAUUCAGUCUCCUGUUACAAUUAAGGAGGAUCCUCGGGGUAGCGAGGCGGCUCAUCAGGAAGUAAUAGGCGGCGACGGAGGAUGUUGCGGAGGCGAUACAAAGAUGAACGGCGGAGGCGGAGAAGGUUUGGUAAAUAGUAGUAAUAGAAAGAGAGGAAGACCUAGAAAGUAUCAUGACGAUGAUGAUCGUGUGAAUAACGGAAAUUUAGCUUUGGCUGACGUGUCACCUCCGCCGGGAUUUUCGUCUUGUUUUUUGAGUGGGAAGAGAGGAAGAGGAAGGCCUCGCGGUACUGGUAGAUUGCAGCUUUUGGCUUCCAUUGGUGGUUUUGCAGCAGAAACAGCAGGGGGAAUCUUCAUUCCACAUGUGAUUCCUGUGGAGACAGGAGAGGAUAUUGUAAGUAAGAUAUCGGCAUUUUCCCAAAAGGGUCCUCGAGCCGUUUGCGUUCUUUCUGCAAUUGGUUCUGUUUCAAGUGUUAUUAUUCGUCAGCCUGGCUCUUCUGCUGGACUUAUGAGAUACGAGGGGCGCUUUGAAAUUCUUUCUCUAUCAGGAUCCUUUACAGUUAGUGAAACCAGCAAUACACGUCGGAAAAUCGGCACGCUGAGUGUUUCACUUGCAAAACCUGAUGGCCGGGUUUUUGGUGGCGGUGUUGUUGGCUGUUUAAUAGCAUCAGGUCCUAUCCAACUGAUUGUAGCAAGUUUCAAGCAGAAUAUCAGUAAGGAACUAAAGUUAAGGCAACCAACUGAAUCUUCAACUUGCAGCGAGCUUGCCAAUAUGGAGACGGUAAAAUAUCCGAUCCAAAUUGCAGGAAUUACAGACCGUAAAGGUGAUCAAGAAAAUUGCACUACACCAACAUCUUCAGUUUCGGAACACACAAAUGAAGAACCAGUGACCCCUACUGUCACUGUAAACCAACAAAUUGAAGUUAUUACUCAAAAUGGAGUUGAACGGAAUGCUUUUCAGUUACCUGAGUGCUUAUCGGAACAAAAGGUAUCUUCAGAUAUCAAUCUCUCUAUCCCUCAGAUUUGAUGAUUCCUUUUUUGGUAAUUUUUCUUUAUAUUUUGUGAAAUUUCUUACAAUAUUAGACAUUUCAGUCUUGAUGAUGAGAUCAGAA